UCCAGGGCCUGGGAGGCUCCAGUGUGGGAACAGAUUCCCAUUCAUGCCCGUGCCCUCCGUGGGUGCAGAGUCGGAGCUGAGAGCCAUCCGGGUGCUGACUGGACAGGAAAGGAAUCCAUUGGCCUCGCCUCCCAGGGGCUGGGCCGCCGCAAGGUGUGGCUGCAGGAGGGGGACUGGGCUGUGGUUUAGCUUGCCUUUCUCUGGCUAAACUCACAGCCAGGAGGAGGGGCAAGGCCUGGGUGACACAGGCCCCCAGGUACUGAGUUGUCUGCUAGAUCCUACACAUAGAGGCCUCACGGGGAGGAGCUGCUGGCAUUCUAAAGUGCAGCUGAUCUGGAACCAACAUGUACACUCCCACCCCCCAGAGCUCUCCAUUUCCGGCCUCGGUGCAGGAUCCGGGCCUGCACAUUUGGCGGGUGGAGAAGCUGAAGCCGGUGCCUGUGGCGCGGGAGAAUCAGGGUGUCUUCUUCUCUGGGGACUCCUACCUGGUGCUGCACAAUGGCCCGGAAGAAGUUUCCCACCUGCACCUGUGGAUCGGCCAGCAGUCAUCUCGGGACGAGCAGGGUGCCUGUGCCGUGCUGGCUGUGCAUCUCAACACCCAGCUUGGGGAGCGGCCCGUGCAGCACCGUGAGGUGCAGGGCAAUGAGUCCGACCUCUUCAUGAGCUACUUCCCACGCGGCCUCAAAUACCAGGAAGGAGGUGUGGAAUCAGCUUUCCACAGGACCUCCCUGGGGGCCGCCCCGGCUGCCAUCAGGAAACUGUACCAGGUGAAGGGCAAGAAGAACAUCCGAGCCACCGAGCGGCCACUUGCCUGGGACAGCUUCAACACCGGUGACUGCUUCAUCCUCGACCUGGGCCAGAACAUCUUUGCCUGGUGUGGUGGCAAGUCCAACAUCCUGGAGCGCAACAAGGCCAGAGACUUGGCCCUGGCCAUCCGGGACAGCGAGCGGCAGGGCAAGGCCCAGGUGGAAAUCGUUACCGAUGGAGAGGAGCCUGCGGAGAUGAUCCAGGUGCUGGGACCCAAGCCACCUCUGAAGGAGGGCAACCCCGAGGAAGACCUCACAGCUGACCAGACCAAUGCCCAGGCCUCAGCUCUGUAUAAGGUCUCCGAUGCUACUGGACAAAUGAACCUGACCAAGGUGGCAGAUUCCAGCCCCUUUGCGCCCGAGCUGCUGGUAGCAGAUGAUUGCUUCGUGCUAGACAAUGGGCUGUGCGGCAAGAUCUACAUCUGGAAAGGAAGGAAAGCCAACGAGAAGGAGCGGCAGGCGGCCCUGCAGGUGGCCGAGGGCUUCAUCUCCCGCAUGCAGUAUGCGCCUAACACUCAGGUGGAGAUUCUGCCCCAGGGCCGUGAGAGCCCCAUCUUCAAGCAAUUCUUCAAGGACUGGAAAUGAAAGGCCCUCUGUUCUCUUCUGCUCUGGCUGCACAGUCAGUACCAGAGUGCCUCCUCUCUCCUCCCCGCAGCAGAUGUUCAAUAAAGCAAGCAAGAGCUUU